CCACCCCCGCCUCCAUCGCUCCAUGGUGAAUUCUUCACAGUUCUUCACGAACCAAAGAAAAACGUGCGCAGUCUUAGCUACCUCAUCCCACAUCUCACUCUAGUCCCCAUCUGUCGAGCCAAAAUAAUAUUGUGUACCGAACAACAACGAACUUGCUCCUCGUCCGCUCCUCUCCUCCGUGCCAUCCAACAUCUACAUGCUCCCAAUACCGCUAUAGAUUCGGGCGAACUGGCCCUUCAUCCGUCAACGACCUGGUCAGGAAGAUCCAAGUUCUUCCAUGACUUUAGCUUUUGAUGCGGCCUCUGUUGUUUGCGAUCAUAGUCUUCAUUGCCGGUUAUAUCACAGCUCGCUACGCUGUCAUCACGCAGGCGGUAGAACUUGCAAAGUUUGCUUGGGAACACGGAGUUGUGGGCCGGGCAACGAAAGGCUUCUUGAUCUUAUCGAUAUUCUUCUUCCUGUUCUGUAUACCUAUCGAACGAAUCGUCGCCCGCGAGGCAGCCAACGAGGGAUAUUCAAUGGGGGGGUCCAAAAAUGACGUGUUGAUGCGAAUAUUCUGGCCGCUGGACUUCCCGCGCAACGAUCAAGCGGGAAUACUAGUUGGCUGGCGGAAUUCGGAGACGGAUAUCUUUGUGGUUGCGAUUCUUAACGGGGUUAAUAGCACAAGAAUAGACAACGAAUUACGAACGCAAUCUCUGUUCCGGAAAUCGCGACACUCGGUGGAACGCAUCUUUGAUGUCUGUGGGCAGUCGGCGCUGCAUGUGCUGGGCGAGGUCAAUGGCAAUACUACUCCCGAUACCGUGUUCCGUCGGGACCAUAUCUAUGCCUUCACGCACAAGUCGAGUCGCUACCCGCAGAUCUUUUGUCCGCCGUCCAGUGGGGUGACGUUACAAGUCAUUCUGUUCGAAGAGCCAAAUCCUUACAAGAUGGAAUAUCACUCGUUGACGCCCAUCUCGCUGGCAUUGGAAGACAAGGCGGGAAGCAAGCCGAGCGAUGGUGACGACAUGGAGGAAAUCACGGAGAGCAAGAAGCAAGUUGAGCUCGUGGAGAAGCUGAAGCUACACACUGUUACGAAGCACGCUCCGACGGAGAAGGAGCGCGGUCUGCCGACUAUCAUCCAUCAGAUCAAUUGCGCGCACGAAACCAAGGAGCUGCUCAGGAUCAAUGUGGAACUCUUGAAUUCCCGAAGGCUGCGGAGGGCGCUCUCGGUCAGUGAGCGUGUGGUUGAGUCGGCCACCUCGGCGUGGAGAACUACGCUUCACAUGUGUGUGGAGACAGCGAAGUUCUUAUGGCCAUUCGUCAAGAAUACCCUUGUCGCAAUCAUCCUGUUCUGGCGCUCGUUGGCGAAUUUGAUUUUGAAGGUCCUAGAGUGGAGGGCGAAACCGGAUUUUGCGGCGCUGAAGGAUAUUUCUGCUACAGCUCAACAGUUUGAUAUCCGCCUGCAGCAGUUUUGCUAUUGGCCGUUACAGUAUAUCACCGUACGUCGGCGCAAAGAUGAUUGGGGUGGAGCAACGAAUUCUCAUCCGGAUUACAUCCGGUUCUACAACAGCCUGUGGCUGGUGGCAAACGAUAUCAUCAUCGGUAUCGCCUUAGGGUCGUACAUCAUCGAAAAUGCCAAUGUCGUUGCACAGAGUAUUGAUUACUACCUAAAAACAUACACCAUCGAAGGGAUGGGCCGCACAAUAGAAUGGCUCUUAAUAGAUCCGGGAGGAUUGAAGCUGAACGAAGAGCUAGACAAGUUCCUCGGUGAUUUCUUCAGAUGGGUUCUCAACUAUUGGGCCGAGAUCACCGCUUCGAUCAGUCCCUACCUCCCCCAAAUCAUCUACGCCAUCGGCAUCUCCUCCUUCGCCGGCGCCUCGAUGCCAAUUGCCCUCUUCUCCGACCUCCUCUCCAUCCUAACCCUCCAUAUCUACAGCUUCUACAUUUCCUCAGCCCGUAUAUACAAUUGGCAACUCAGCAUAAUCUACUCCCUCUUCCACCUCUUCCGCGGCAAAAAAAUCAACGUCCUGCGCAAACGCAUUGACUCCUGCGACUACGAGCUGGAUCAACUCCUGAUCGGCACCAUUCUCUUCACCCUCCUAAUCUUCCUCCUCCCCACAGUCUUCGUCUACUACUGCCUCUUCGCAUCCGCGCGCAUGGCCAUAAUAAUCCUUAAAGCCGGCCUCGAAACCCUCCUCGCAUGUCUAAACCACUUCCCGCUCUUCGCCCUCAUGCUCCGCGUCAAAGACUCCAAGCGACUGCCCGGCGGAAUAAAAUUUGAGCUCAUGGACACUCCCGACGUGUCCAGUCGUUUCCGGCACGACCUGGGAGACACGGCUCCAACAGCUUACAUCCGCUUGCGCAGCACGCCACUCCCGCUGGGCGCCAUGUUUAGACAGUACUCGCAGCUCGGGAGUAGACUCCAAGGCCAUUACGUCUCGGCCAGAGUCAUACUCUGCUUGCUCACCGGGAAGGCCGUCCCGCCGAUUCAUAGGAGGAAUCUAUAUUCUAUGCAGUAUAGUAUGUUGCCGACUAAGAGGGCGGGGGUUAUGGAGGUGUGGAAUAAGUUGACGGGGGGAGGGAGAGGAUGAGAGGGAGGAUGCGGCCUGUGGAUACUAUGUGCUUAAUGUUCUUUCUUUUCCUUACUUUAUGAACGAUGACUACAGACGAUGUUUGGCUCGUGGUGAUUUGGACUUCAUAGCAGAUACUUAAUGAGUUGUUCUCC